AUGGGUCGCAAACCUGGAAAACGUGAGCUAGAUUCAAAUCGUGACGAAGAGAAGUCCACACAGCGCCCGGUGCAUAGUUCAUCUGGCUCUAGAUCAGAUGCCCACAAUAUCAACGGGCAAGGACGUAGCGGUAUAGCGCCCCCGGUUCCUAGUCCUGACCUUGCCUCUCAUGAUAGUGGCAAAUUGUUUGAUACGGAAGCUAGCCUUGAUGUCGUUGGACGUGGUGUAAAACACCUGGUCCAAACAGUCCAAGCCCUUCGACAAUUAGGAGUCGAAAAUCUAGAUCUUCCACUACCUAAGGUAGUCGUUGUCGGCAAUCAAAGUACUGGCAAAAGUAGCUUGAUUGAAUCAAUGUCAGAAAUAAAGGUGAUGAGGGAAAGUGGCACUUGCACACGUUGUCCACUAGAAAUUAACCUCUCAGAGCAAAAUUCGUGGAAGUGUACUGUGUCAUUAUCUAAGAAAUAUCUCUACUUGGGAGAUCGCCAUGGUAAAGGUUUUCCGAAGUCUCAAGGAGCAACCAAAGAUCGGCCACUAGGCCCUUGGGUUGCUCAAGACCUGGAAAACAUUCACUUUGCCACCAUCAGGUCGAAAGAUCACGUACACGGAGUAUUAUACCGGGCACAACUUGCAAAUCUAAAUCCUGGAAAGGAUCAUGCCGACUAUAUGCCUGAAAACGCUCUACCUCCUCACGCAUUCCAGGUGAAAUUCUCGCCCAAUGUGAUUCGCCUUAAUAUUGCAGGCCCAGGUCUCCCAAACCUAUCUUUCUACGAUCUCCCAGGCAUAAUCAACGUGUCAGAUGUACCAGAAGAAAGCUAUCUGGUCGAUCUCGUAAGAAAUCUGGUCAAAGAAUAUAUCCAGUCUACGGAAAGUUUGGUACUUCUUGCCUUACCUAUCACCGAUGAUCCUGCAAAUUCCAGCGCAGCAAGACUUAUUCGGGAAUCAAAAGCAGAAGCAAGGACCAUUGGAUGCAUUACGAAACCUGACCUUCUACAGCUACAAGAAUCGUUUGAGCAGUGGUCUCAAAUUUUAGAAGGCAGAAAAUUCCGUUUGGGCUUUGGUUAUUUCGUAAUUAAGAACAAUCCCGAUACUAAUAUCAGCCAUGCCCAGGCUAGACACGAGGAAGAAGACUUCUUCGAUAAAAAUGAGCCAUGGGCAGGAUCUCUUCAAGCCUAUAGCAAACGUUUUGGCACACCAGCUUUAUUGACAAAUCUAGCCCAAUUGUUGACCUUUCAGAUCCAGAAAAGCUUGCCACGCUUUCGGAUUCAAGUCAGAGAGAAGGUCGAAGAUAUUGAGAACAAAUUACGAGAGCUACCACAGGCGAUGGGCGGUAAUGUCUCCGCCAUAGUCAUGGGUGAGCUCAUGAAAUUUGAAAAGCUUCUACAUAAUCAUCUCGAUGGCGGAAGUAAAAAGUUUCCAUUUCCUCAGCAGUGGAACGAAUAUGCGAUAGGUUUUAGGAAAGCCUUGGAAAGCACGCGGCCAUUACUGAAGUUUUCCGAAGGACAGAGAUCCAUUGCUAAACAAGCACCAGAAACUCCCAAUGGAUCAUCCCAACGUGAGUCCAAGGCAACGCCAUCUUCAACAAACAGUACCAAGACGAUCUCAAUUUGCAUCGAUUCAGAUGAUGACGUUCCGCAAAAUCCCAAUACUCGAAAGCGAGUACACACGCCAGAUGAAUUUGCACCGACCAAAUCACCGAGAAUCGACCUAGCCGGCAGUGCGAAUUUGGAUUCAGUGGCUAUCACUGGGAAAUGCUUUACACUGGCUGAGGUUAGGUCUAUAAUCUCAUAUGCAUACAGCGGCAUUCCUGGCGAGAUCCAUCCCCACGCCACGGAAGACAUGGUGCGGCAGAGUAUUUCGCAUUGGCAGCACCCUCUCGAAGCCUUUCUGUUCAACACAAGUCAACUCUGUCAAAAUAUGGUCUUCGGUAGGGUAUCAGAAGCUUUCGGUCAACAUCAAGACACAGACUAUUACCGUUUGAUCCUUAGUACUUUUGACAAAUUUUUCAGACAAGCUUGCAAAGACCAGGAAGAAUUAGCCAUGAGAAUGCUUAAGUGGGAAUCUGCUAAGCCGAUGACGUUAAAUGAAGAAGCUAUGCAAACCGCGUACGAAAAGGCGUCAAGCAACCUCUUCUCCUUUCGACUCCAACAGCGGGCCAAGCACCAUGUUAGCGAACAAGAGGCUAAAACGGGGAAGCAUACCUCAGGCUCAGCCUUCUGGGACAAAGUUGCGAAAGUUAACGAAAGUACGCUCGAACCGGAAAAAUAUAGCCGAGAAAUUCAGGCCAUGAGCCGAGUUAAAGCCUAUUAUGAAUGUGGUCUCAAUUCAUUUGCGGACCAUAUGUGCGCCAGUAUAUAUGGGGAAUUAUUCGAAAAGUGCCGCUCGGAACUAUGUGCGCUCUUGAAGGAGGAACUGGGUAUCACUCAUGUCGACGCAAAUGACAAGCUUGCGCCGCUUUUGGCUGCGAAUCCCGAGGUGGAAAAAUAUCGGGCGCAGCUAUUGAAAGAACAGCGCACAUUAAUGCAGGCUCAGCAACGCCUCGAAGAACUUGCUUGA